CACACACGUGGUCCGGCGCUGCGGGUGGGGGCGGCCGCGGGGGCGGGAAGCGCGCCAGCCAGUAGCGGCCCGAAGGCGCCCGCGGCCGGACGCUCCCACGCCACAGGUGCUGCCCUCUUUCUGACUACGGGGCAGCUGAACAGGAUGGUAGCCUGGCGCUGAGAUGUCGUCGCCCCUGAGCCGCCUGGGUCUGGGACCCCGCGGUCAGCCGAGGACUCUGCGCGUCAUGGUUCUGGGCCAGGCCGGCGUCGGCAAGUCUGCUCUGGUGGUGAGGUUCAUUACGAAGCGCUACAUCGGUGAGUACGACCCGACGCUGGAGAAGGUGUACCACUUCCAGACUGUGAUGGACGGUGAAGCGGUGCUGUUCGAGAUCCUGGACACCGCUGGACAGUCGCACGAGAGCGAGUGCGUGACGCUGGAGGCGAACAUCCGCUGGGCGGAGGCGUUCGUGCUGAUGUACUCGGUGACGGACAAGUGCUCCUUCGACGAGUGCAACCGUCUCAAGUUCCUCAUCAACUACAACAAGCGCCGGCGCCGGCUCGGGCCCGCCACGCACAAGGAGCCGGUGGGCGAGGCGCCGGUGGUGCUGGUGGGCAACAAGACGGACCAGUGGGGCGAGCGCAUGGUGAGCCGCGAGGAGGGGCUGCGCCGCUGCCGGGACACCGCCUGCGCCGCCUUCCACGAGCUCUCCGUGCGCGAGAGCAUCGAGCAGGUGUGGGCGGUGUUCCGGGACGUGUACCGGCUGUGGCGGCUGCACGCCAAGGGCGCCCGGCUCUGCCGCUCACGCAGCGAACUCUCCUCGGCCGCCGCCGUCGCGCUGCUGGGGCGCCGGUGGACCGAGGUGGAGCUGGAUGAGGAGGGGGAGGCGGAGGCGGGCGGCGACCAGCCGGCGGGGCGCCCGGCCGCUGACGUCAGCGCGGACCCGCUCCCAGCAUUCCGCGCGCGGGCCUCUACAGACGGCCACCUGCUGUCGCGUCCGCGCCUCUGGAAGCUGCCACACCCCCACAACCAACCGCGCACCGAGCGACGCAUGAGUAUCUCUAUGCGCGGCAACAACGCCAGCUGCUGAGCGGCACUACCUGCGUGACGUCAUCAGCCUCAGGAGCCGGCCGGCCAGACAGUGGAUACUCUAGAUGAUGACAGCAACCGGCUCCAAACACAGCUUUCAGCUGCACAACUAGGAACUACUAUCCCUCAAAAAAAUGUUCAAAUGUGUGUGAAAUCUUAUGGGACUUAACUGCUAAGGUCAUCAGUCCCUAAGCUUACACACUACUUAACCUAAAUAUCCUAAGGACAACAACAUACCCCCAUGCCGAGGGAGGACUCGAACCUCCGAUGGGACCAGCCGCACAGUCUAUGACUGUAGCCCCUUAGACCACUCGGCUAAUCCCGCGCGGCCUGCUAUUCCUCUUCCAGCUGCAGUUACAGGGGCAGUCAUAAAGUUUGUCUCAUCACCAUGAAAGAAAUCGCUAUCCAGGACUUCGCUCACAUAAUGUGACAUUUCUGCCAAAGAUGAAUGAAUUGGGAAACAUUCUGAUGAAAGCAUUCCUCACUUCGUUGGCUGAAAAAAUGCUCUGUUUCUCCUGUUAUCUUUUUGUCGUUCUGGCAGUGCCAGUAUUCUGCUUUUCGAUUGUUUAUUGGAUAUAAGAGUGCAGAUAUUAAAGGACCAGGGCCUCCAUUUCUGUGACAGUUCAUGGUUCCUGAAUGAGGGGCUCAUUUACCAACACUGGAAACGUCAGUGCUUUUUACCUACAGGGUAAUACAACACUGACAGUCAUCUUAUCACGAAUGUCAGUGGCAUAUCUUCUUAACAAAGAAUAAUAAUCCUGGAAAAGCACAAAUCAUCAUCCUAGCUUCCAUGUCUCAUGCCAUUCUAAACUGUUGUCCGUGAUAGUAUGAACUACAUGACCACACAUUGUGCUUUCUUACUAGCGUGUAAUGUGCUGCAGACAACAUUACGCUCUAGAAUAGUAGUAGUUCCGUACCUAAAUUCCUGACAAGACCAAUUCUGAUCUCAGUAGAACCAUUGUGACUGUGUGUGUGUGUGUGUGUGUAUUCAUGUGUGUGUGUGUGUGUGUGUAUGUGUGUGUGUGUGUGUGUGUGUGU